UGCUUGCUCCCUUCAUGCUCCCUUCUAUCGCUGAAAAGUACGGGGGUCGUGGCGGCCUGAAAAGGAGAGCCGCUCCUCCCUCGUGCUCCUUCCUGGUUGCUGCUACCUAUCAUGCCUUGCGCAAACGUUCCAAACAUCAGCUUGCGCAACAAGACUCCCUACGAGGCGCUCUCGCCUCGAGUUCAAGACCCAAGUUCGGUCUGAGGUCCUAACCUCAUCGUGCCUACCAUCCGGGCGUCGACCCCCGGGGCGUCCUUUCACAGUUCUCAGAGUGCGGUGCAGUUCCAUGCCAUUGUAUGACGUUGUACUCAAGUUUGAGUCAAACUAGACCUGCCGAAUCGCAACUUGACCAAACCUCGCCGUUUCCGAGGCUUUCCAAGGCCUCGUCUGCCGCCCCUUUCUCACCCCCUCGGUCAGUCAUUCGGCUCCGACGAAAUGGAGGUCUUUAUGCGUAAUGUUUUGCCCCGUCUUACGGAUCGGUCGUUGGAGACGCAGCUCCAGCCGCUUAUGGAGCGACUCCAUAUCACGGACUACAUGGUCGAGAAGGCGAAGGGCAAGCACAUUGGAAAUAUCACGUUCCGCCACAAAGCCGAUGGCGUCCGGUUCCUGCAACACCACAGAGAGAUCACCAUCUUGGGAUCCAGAGUUGUCUGUCAAGAGAGCAAACGGGCGGUCAACGAACUCACACUGAGAGCUAUUGAGCACAAGGCCAGCCAACGAAUCCAGAACGAGACUGUCCCGCAAGAGACGGUCAAGACUUUGGCGGCAACCGAGCUGAGCUGCGGCUACUACACCUUCAACGACAAACGGCUCACCUUCACGGCUGAAUGGACGGCGAACGAGAGUUGUCAGCUGAAGUUUACCAAGCGAAACCUCCUCGUCCGCUUGACCGGACGAGACGUGCAACUCCGCAUGCCCUUCCAGAGCAUCAUUGAGCUUGUGUGGUGGCACGACGGCACCGUAGCCGUGACCCUCUCGUGGGCUCCGACCAUUCUAGCACCAAAAUCCACGGGAAAUGACGACAUCACAACGCGCUUCUCAAUGUUCACCAUCCGCCAGCAGACCCCCGAGCGCAUGAGACAAGUGGCCAUCGACCAGAACCAUCAGCGCAUCGUGGCCACUUGUCUGGUUUACUAUUUCAAAGUUCCCAACGCCAUCACUCGGCAUGCCAACAGCGAUUUUCAAAGCGAGAUAUCCAGGAUGAGCUCGCGACAGCUCUUCCCUGUCACUCGCUAUCAUCUCGGGUUCGAGCAUGCACGCCAAGUGAGGUUCAGCGACGCUGCGGCAACCCUGCAAUCCGAGCUCGCCGAGUACAAUCGCGGUGACUCGCUUCCUUUUGACCUUUUGUUCCUACUCCACGCGCUACUGGCAAACGGUUAUCUUCACCCAGCCACGAUUUCCGCUCUGGCUUCGAGACUAGUUUCACGCUUCGCAGCAGCCAAGAAGGCCGAGAGCCAGCAGCCGCCCGUGUCAGUCGACGCCUUCAAGAAGCUGUUCGACUGGAUCGACUGGCCGUCGCCCGAGGGCGACCCGGGGAUGUUCGAAGUGGACGGUAUCAUGGAAUAUCUGGAACAAGCCGAGCAGCUCGUCCGGCAAAGCCGUGCCGUGAAGGAAAACCAGUUUGAUGAAACGCCGAACCGGGCACGUAUCUUCAGGGCCGUUGUCACCCCGACGCGCGUAAUGUUUCACGGCCCGGAGCUGGAGCCCAUGAACCGCAUUCUCCGCAAGUUCCCGGAUCACUCGUACUUCAUCCGAGCGCAGUUCUGCGAUGAGAAUGGCCAGGAUCUCUUCUUCAAUAACACGGUAUCUUUGGAUUCCAUCUAUGAGCGGUUCAAGGCGGUAUUAGUGAGCGGUGUCAUGGUGGCUGGCAGGGUCUACAAGCUCUUGGGCUUCUCGCACUCGUCGCUCCGCGCCCACUCGGCAUGGUUGUCUGCAUCCUUCGUCCACCAAGGCCAGCUGCACAUCCCGGAGUACAUCGUCACGGGCCUCGGCGACUUUGAAAAGAUCAAGUCUCCGGCCCGGCGCGCCGCCCGCAUUGGGCAAGCCUUCUCCGAGACACCGUACGCUGUGGACCUCGACGAGAACGCCAUUGAGGUUCGUGAAAUACCGGACAUUGAGCGGAACGGCCGCGUGUUCACCGACGGUUCCGGGAAGAUCUCGCCCGGUGCCGCCAAAGCCAUCUACAACGUCAUACCGAAAUCCAAAGGAUGCCCAACUUGCUUCCAAAUCCGGUGGGCGGGCGCAAAGGGGAUGCUGGCUGUGGACCCGCGCCUCGUGGGCAACUUGAUAUGCAUUCGUCCAUCCAUGAUCAAGUUUCCGAGCAAUGAUAAACAGCUUGAGAUCUGUGAUAUGGGCUCCAAGCCGAUCCCGAUGGUUCUGAACCGCCCGCUGAUCAAGAUCAUGGAGGACAUGGGGGCGCCAAGGGAGUGGUUCCUGGAGCUGCAAAGCAGAGAAGUACGGCGACUUCAAGGGUUAACCGCCUCGGUGUACAACACGGCGAGUUUCCUCCGCGCGCAGAGGAUCGGCGAAAGCAUCCAGCUUCAUAAAUUCCUCCGCCAGACGGAAGCUAUGGGUCUCGACUACCGCCAAGAUGGCUUCCUUCGGGGAGCGGUUGAGGCAAUCCUUCUGCAGGAGCUUCGACUCCUCAAACACAAGUCCCGAAUCCCCGUCCGGAAAGGCAUGACACUCUUUGGCGUCCCGGACGAAACGGGAUACUUGAAGGAAGGACAAGUAUACGUGACCUUUGAUAAAGGUGACCGCCAUUCCGAGCCUCCUGGAUCCGGCCCCGUAAUUGUGACGCGAUCACCCGCAAUGCAUCCCGGGGACGUCCGGGUUGCUUACAACACGAUCCCGCCCAACGAGCAUCCUCUUGUUCACUACCGGAACUGCAUCGUGUUCAGCACGUGGGGCAGUCGAGAUCUCCCCAGUCAGCUCGCUGGAGGCGACCUCGACGGCGACACUUUCCACAUCAUCUGGGAUCCCGAGCUGGUUGGCAGAGUUAAGACCUUUAGUCCAGCUAACUACCCCCGAGUCGAGCCGUUAGAGUUGAACAGGCCAGUGACGUCCUCGGAUUUGGCAACCUUCUUCUUCGACUUCAUGAGACAGGAUUGCCUAGGCCGGAUCUCCACUCGGCACAUGAUACUGGCUGACCAGCGGCCGGCUGGCACCCUGCAUGCGGAUUGCAUCAAGCUGGCCGAGCUCCACUCUUCUGCCGUUGACUUCUCCAAGACGGGGCGGCCUGUCUCAGUGAGGGACCUGCCUCGGAGUGAGAAGUGGCGGCCCGACUUCCUCGCCCCCGGCCCGCAGAUCACGAUCCACAAUAAGUCUGAUGUUGAAGUGCUGAACCAACACGUUGCACCCCAGAACGAUGAGGAUGACGAGGACAACGACGAAGGACCUCGGUACCAGUACUAUCGCUCCCCGAAGCUCUUGGGACAGCUCUACCGGGCGGUGGACGAGAACAAGAUCUGGGCCGAGGACAUCAAAAUGGCAAUCCGAGCCGGGAGCGCUUCGUUCUGGGACCAGCUUUUGGACGCCAUCCACCAGCGAGUGAGCGCCAUCGGCCCGGUGGAGUGGCAACACCGCUCGGCCGAGGCGCACAGGAUCCGUUACGCCUACGAAGAAGACAUCCACGGCACCAUGAUCGACGGCGCCGACCACCCGCACCAACCGCUAAGAGAGCUGGAAGUAUUCGUCGGCUUCAUCAUGAACAAAUCCGGCGUCCAGACACACCGGCAGCGCGACCGCUCCGUCAAGCUCAAGGACGAGUUCGAGCGCAUCACGACCUACAUCGCGCGCGAGAUGCGCAACCCGGCCUCGGUCAGCGGCUACACGAGCGAGCUGGACGCGCUGGAGCUCUGUCUCGCCUGCCUGCACGUCGCGUGCCAGAAGAAGGAGGAGGACAGGGACCUGCGGCCCCGCCAUCGCAGCUCGGCGCAUAAUCUCGAGAGUUUCAAGAUUGUCGCUGCUGCCACCCUGCUGCGCGAGCUCACUGCCCUGGAGAGGGGUACCGUUUCGGGAGCGGGCCAGGCGUAUGCCUAUGGUGGUGGUGGCAGGCCCAGUAAGUAGGGGGCCAUCAACCUGAUCGGCGCUGCAGUCAUUGCUUGAGCAUGGCUUGGAUUCGGCUGGUCAUUUUGUCUUCGGUUGAUCAAUAAGGUGCCUUACCAAGGGGCCAUGGAAAAAACCGUACCUCGGUCUCACAAGUGUGCGGCACCUUAUAAAGUUUCCUUUUUCCUCUCAACCAGCACAUACGACCAUACCUGGUAGAAAACACGGGAUCCCGUCCGCUCUCCCUUAGUUAAGCUACCAAGGGCCGAACCAGUACUCAGGUGGGUGACCACUGGGGAAUCCUCGGU